CCGCCUUUUCACUUGUUCUUCACACUCUACCCCUUUUACCCUCCUCUAACUAAAUUCAAACCCCAUUUAUUAUGAAAACACUUACAUUACAAGAGGUAGCAAAGCAUAAUACCAAGGACGACUUGUGGAUCGUCAUUCACGGAAAAGUAUACGAUUUGACCAACUUCCUUCCAGAGCACCCUGGUGGUCCCAGAAUUAUCCUUAAAUACGCUGGCCAGGAUGCCACCGAUGCAUUUGACCCAAUCCAUCCUCCGGACAUCAUUGAUCGAUACUUGAGUGCCGAGGCAUGUAUGGGAGAAAUUAAUGAAGAAGAAUUGGAGGCAACCGAAAAGGUGGAAACCGAGGAACAAAUGCAGUCUAGAAUUGCCCAUGAGAACAAGCCUAACUUGGAAGAAAUGCUCAACUCAUUUGAUUUCGAAGGUGUCGCAAAGAGCGUCUUGAAACCCGAAGCCUGGGCUUAUUAUUCAUCUGGAGCUGACGAUGAGAUCACUUUGCGAGAGAACCACAAUGCUUUUCACCGACUUUGGCUCAAGCCUCGUGUGAUGGUGGAUGUUGAGAAAGUGGAUAUGUCAACUACUUUGCUGGGCACUAAGACAUCCAUGCCUUUGUACAUUACCGCCACUGCACUUGGAAAGCUUGGUCACCCCGAUGGUGAAAAGGUCUUGACCUUGGCAAGUGCCGAGCAAGAUAUUAUUCAAAUGAUUCCCACACUGGCGUCAUGUUCGUUCAACGAGCUGGUUGGCGCUAGAGCUCAAAACCAAACCCAAUGGUUCCAAUUGUAUGUCAACAAGGAUCGCGCCAUCACUGAAAAGCUCGUACGACAUGCUGAAGCUAGUGGCGUCAAGGGUCUUUUCAUCACUGUUGAUGCCCCACAACUAGGUCGCCGCGAGAAAGAUAUGCGUCAGAAGUACUCAGCCGAUGACCCGGAGCAAUUGAUUGAAUCAAAGGCCAAGGUUACUCGCUCACAAGGUGCUGCUAGAGCCAUCAGUACUUUCAUUGAUCCCUCGUUGAACUGGAACGACGUCAAGUGGUUUAGAUCGAUUACCAAGAUGCCUAUUCUGCUUAAGGGUGUACAGACUGCUGAGGAUGCCGUACUUGCCGCCCGUCAUGGAUGUCAAGGUAUUGUUUUGUCCAACCACGGAGGUCGCCAACUGGAUUUCGCUCCUUCUGGAAUUGAGAUCUUACCUGAAGUCAUGGAAGCCCUCAAGGCUGAAGGAUUGGACAAGAACUUUGAAGUUUACGUCGAUGGUGGUAUUCGCAGAGGCACUGAUAUCUUCAAGGCCAUCGCUCUCGGCGCCAAAGGUGUCGGUAUUGGCCGUCCAGCUCUGUACGCCAUGUCUUCCUAUGGCGUCGACGGUGUGGUCAAACUCGUUCAACUUCUCAAGGAUGAGCUUGAAAUGGUUAUGCGACUCAUGGGUACUCCCACCGUUGCUGAUAUUAAACCAGAAAUGAUUGAUAUGCGUAACAUCAAGAGCCAUUCCGGAUCUAUCCCCUCUGAUAAUUUGGCUCUUUCCGUCUACGAUUCCAUGAGAACUCGUAUUGGCGGUCCUAAGCUCUAAAUGUAAUGAUUCCCAUGAUGUAGAAUAGCCCUCAUUAUGCCCUGCUUAAAAAUAUUUAGGCAUAGAGGCAGCAGCGCAUAAACCAUUUGUUCUUUUAAGUUUCCAACCCCCAUGCAUGCG